AUGCCACCGCGUCGCGAAUUAACCCGAGAGGAAAAGGAUGAGAAGAAUAGGAAGAGGGAAAGGGCCAAGUUCGUUCGUGAAGAGAAGCGUCGGCGGCUCAAUCCCAAAGAAGAUCAGGCUGCCAAGAAUUUGAAUAAGCAAAAGGUUAGAGAAGACCGCCAGGCAGAGGCACCUGACGAGAGAGCGUUAAGGCAGAGGUUAGAUGUAGAGCAGAAAAGAGUUGCCCGUGCUAACGAGACGGAAGUUGAGCAUCAAGCUAGGGUGCUCGAUCAGCGAAUCCGGCAGCAACUCAUUAGGCAGGAACAGAAUGAAGAAUACGAUCGUGCUCUACUGUUGGCCGAGGAAGAGCGGAAAGCAGUUCUCAGGCACGAAGAAGAAAAUCGACUUCGAUUGGAAGCCGAGGCAAAGCGGCAAGCUUUCCUUCGUCAAGAAGAAGCAGCUUCUAUCUUGCGAGCGAUGAAUCAGAGACCAGCAUCUGAUCGUCCAAGGGUUGUUCUUGCUGAUGAUGCUGUUGCAGAGCGUCCAGCAAGGAAACAACACCAGUCAGGAAAGGCAGCUGUUGGCAACAGAGAAACUCCUGAACAGCAACGAGCUCGAUUGCAAUCACAGGAAGGUCGCGUUGAAUACUCUGAGUUCGUGGCUGAUUACAGAGCGACUGAAAUUGAAGACGAAACAGCUGCGAGGCGUGAAGAGAAUCGACUUCGUACAGAUUUACGUCGAGAACUUGAAGAGAUACGAAAGCAAGAAGAUUAG